CUUUCCAUUUCUGGCGAGUUCCAGCCCAAGAAGGGAUUUCCACUAGGUCUAUGAUCCGGCUGUCGGUGCCUAGCCUUGCUCCAGCCGCAUCUAAUGCACAAACUAUAGGUCGUGAUGUUCUCCUGGGCAGGGCUUGUGAUCAACAGGAUGACAACGCCUGUCAUAAUCUUUUCAGAUGAUUACGGACGUCGUCUGCUUCCAUCAUCCGCAUGAUCCUUUCUUGCUCAUCUAGACUUUUCAGAUUAUCAUCAUAUAGGUAGCAAGUGCGGUGAAGACCUCAAGUCACUGUACCUCCACAUUUAUGUCUCCGCAACAGAAAGCUCUUAUUCUUCCCAAAAAGCGGGGCAACCUCAAAGUCGACUCUCGUAGUAUCCCUAGCCCUGGUACUGGGCAGCUCCUCGUCAGGAUCCACUCUGCUGCCCUGAAUCCGGUUGACUACAAGAUACAUGACACUGGAAUAUUUGUGACUCAUUACCCUGUCAUUUUGGGGGUGGACAUUGCUGGCAUUGUCGAAGGACUAGGAGAAGAUGUCGAGAAUUUCCGCAAAGGCGAUAAAAUAUUGGCGCAUGGAAAUUUAUAUAUCAUUGAUCAAGGUGCGUUUCAGCAGUACGCGCUGACCGUUGCGACGUUCACUGCAAAGAUUCCUUCAAACCAAUCUUUCGAUAGCGCAGCUACCGUUCCCCUAGGGUUGGAUACUGCAGUAGGGGGCUUGUACGGAAGUGAUCGGGGAGCCGGGAUAGACCCUCCUUGGGUGAAGUGUGUCGGUGAUCAUGGACCAAAGAGACCCAUCGUCAUCCUUGGCGGUUCUUCUUCUGUGGGUUCAUACACCAUCCAGCUUGCUCGUCUUUCAGGAUUCUAUCCUAUCGUUACUACAGCAUCCCCUAACAAUGAAAACCUUGUCAGGGACUACGGCGCAACUCACUUUUUUGACCGGCAUCUUUCUGGCAACCAAUUAGUGGCGGCCAUUAAUAAAGUGACCGAUAGUCCUAUCGGGAUUGUUUUUGAUGCUGUCUCGCUGCCAGAAACACAGUCCGUUGGAUGGAGAUUGCUAGCGAAAAAUGGUAUCCUCGUAUUAACCCUUCCUGCAUCAGUCAAGGAAGAUGAAGGCAAAGGGCGCAAGGCCGUUUACACCCACGGGGACCCGCAUCUCCCGUAUAAUCACGAGUUGUUCAGCAACUCCUGGCCUAUGGUCGAAAAGUGGCUCUCAGAGGGUAUUAUUCAGCCUAACAAUCAUGAAGUCCUUCCGAAUGGGCUUGAAGGCAUUAUUGGAGGGCUGGAAAGGCUGAGGAUGGGACAGGUGUCUGGAACGAAGUUGGUUGCUCGCCCUCAGGAAACACUGUAA